GUAGCCCCUCACUCUCCGCUGAUGUGUCAGGUGUCUCCUUGCUGCUCCCGUCUACUGCGGUGACGUCACCUGUCAAUCACCAGUGAGCGGGAAGAUUAGAAAUCCACUAGAUUUGAUACCACAGCGACUGAGGGAAAUAGUUCUGAACAGUGAAGAUGGAUGAAGAAUUCAGCAUCGAAAACUUUACUCCUUUUAUAACACGAUCAAGGACGGUGACACGUCUUCUCCCUGAGCCACUCUACCCUCACUCACCACUAACCAACCCAGAGAAGCGCUAUGGUCCUGAGUUCUGGGAUCGGCUGAUAAGACAACCCAGUGUCUAUAACACCGAAGUCCCUAGAUCGGAAGGUCUCUUAUAUACAUCCAGCACCAGCCAAAACAUGAGGACAGAUGGAAAAUGGCAACAACAUGACCACAUGGCAUCACCACUCCUGGAACCCCUGCCACCUCCAUCAGAAGUGUUCCGAGGAAAAAAAAAGAAGAAGUAUCAUGCUGACAGAGGCGUCAUAUCUGUGGAAAAUCACAUACAAGAGCUGCGGAAGAAGCAAAGCAGUAUCGACCAAUUGAAGACAAUGAAGUGGGGAGGAUGUAACAUCUAUGAAAUGCAGAAUACAGAGGGCAUGCAACGCUAUGGAGCCAGAACUGACCAAGAACAGGACACCUUCUUCAGCUUCCUGGAUGAUGUAACUGAGCAGGACAGGCCCCUCUUCAAUUUCUCACCACCUCGCAGCCCUGGUGGAGUGGUGUUCCCAUGGAUGACCCCCAAGGAAGAUGUCUCUACCUGUUUCCUGGACAGGACCUAUGAUGAAUGCGAGUCAGCUGGGGGCUUAGUACAGAAUACUAUGAAUUGGAGAGGGCAUAACAUCCAUGGAGUGAAGAAUAAAGAGAGAAGACAUAGUGAUGGAUGCAGAGGUGUCCAAAAAAGGGGCACUUUCCUCCGCUUCCCGGACGAUGGCGUCAGGUGCAGCGAGAAGAAUGUGCCCUUCUUCAGCUUCUCACCACCUCGCAGCCCUGGUGGAGUGGUGUUCCCAUGGAUGACCACCAGGAAAGAUGCCCCUCCCUGUUUCCUGGACAGGACCUAUAAUGGAUAGGGGGCAGACGGGGGAUUUCUGUGAGCAGCAAAUGUUAUACUUUACUCACUGUUUUAUUUAUUAGUUUAUAUCAUAUCACAUUUUGUGCCAAGGAGUUUAUUUUAAUUGUUGCAGUACCUAAAGAGGGAGCUAAGACUCAUGAUGAGGGGGCUUAGGCUUGUUACAUUCCAUAGUAAGGGAGCAUAGACUUGUGAUACCACAUAAUAAGGGCGCUAAGACCAGUUUUACCCCAUGAUGAGGAAGAAUAGACUUCUUAUACUACAUAGGAAGGGCACUAAGACCUGUUAUACCCCAUGAUGAGGAAGCAUAGACUUCCCAUACUACAUAGGAAGGGCACUAAGACCUGUUAUACCCCAUGAUGAGGAAGCAUAGACUUCCCAUACUACAUAGGAAGGGCACUAAGACCUCUUAUACCCCAUGAAGAGGAAGCAUAGACUUCCCAUACUACAUAGGAAGGGCACUAAGACCUCUUAUACCCCAUGAAGAGGAAGCAUAGACUUCCCAUACUACAUAGGAAGGGCACUAAGACCUCUUAUACCCCAUGAAGAGGAAGCAUAGACUUCUCAUACUACAUAGGAAGGGCACUAAGACCUGUUAUACCCCAUGAUGACGGAGCAUAGACUUCUUAUACUACAUAGGCAAGGCACUAAGACCAGUUUUACCCCAUGAUGAGGAAGCAUAGACUUCCCAUAAUACAUAGGAAGGGCACUAAGACCUGUUAUACCCCAUGAUGAGGAAGCAUAGACUUCCCAUACUACAUAGGAAGGGCACUAAGACCUGUUAUACCCCAUGAUGAGGGAGCAUAGACUUCUCAUACUACAUAGGAAGGGCGCUAAGACCUGUUAUACCCCAUGAUGAGGGAGCAUAGACUUCUCAUACUACAUAGGAAGGGCGCUAAGACCUGUUAUACCCCAUGAUGAGGAAGCAUAGACUUCUCAUACUACAUAGGAAGGGCGCUAAGACUUGUUAUACCCCAUGAUGAGGAAGCAUAGACUUCUUAUACUACAUAGGAAGGGCACUAAGACCUCUUAUACCCCAUGAUGAGGGAGCAUAGACUUCCCAUACUACAUAGGAAGGGCGCUAAGAUCUGUUAUACCCCAUGAUGAGGGAGCAUAGACUUCCCAUACUACAUAGGAAGGGCGCUAAGACUUGUUAUACCCCAUGAUGAGGGAGCAUAGACUUCUCAUACUACAUAGGAAGGGCGCUAAGACUUGUUAUACCCCAUGAUGAGGGAGCAUAGACUUCUCAUACUACAUAGGAAGGGCGCUAAGACCUGUUAUACCCCAUGAUGAGGGAGCAUAGACUUCUCAUACUACAUAGGAAG